AUGAAUGUAUAUAUUUUACAACUAAAACCACUGGAAUCGGCACAAGUUUAUCCACUGCCGAGUAUGGAACUGCUUUUUAGACACAUAAAAGAAGUUUACCCAAAAGAUUCUUCGUUUUAUGGACUUGCGUAUCGAAAUUUAUAUGGGCAACCAAUUAGUGUUUUGUACAAGAACAAAUUACCACAGCAAAACCUUGAAGACUGGAAAGUUUAUUUUCCGGAACUUACGGCUUCUUUAAACAAGUUCAAUCAACGAAAGCAGCAGAACGCGAAGUUCAGUUUGAAUACUUUUAGUAACUCUAGGGUUGUUAUUGUCAAUAAAAAAACAGAAUACAAAACUGGGGAUGUAUUAAAGGCUCGAAUUGAUGCUUAUGAUUGGAAAGAAAACAAAGCGUCUUUUGGUGGUGACUGGUUUGUGGCAAGAUUGGUAUAUGGUAAUGUACCGGCACAUCCUGAUGGCAUUGCUGGUGUAAUAACAGAUCACCAAAAUGGUACCUACAGUAUUAAAGUACCGCUGUUGAUUCCGGGCGAAGCACGACUUGAAGUGAAACUCAUGAUACCGCUUGAAGGAAUUGCUGAAUACGUAAGAUGUACAUCGUUGCGAAAGUAUAUUGGAGUCCAAUACAUCGCCGUCUUUGAAACGGAAGAAAGGACAGAAUGCAACGUGGAUUUUAGUUUUUCUAAUUUCACAGACGACCAGUUAUGCGACUAUAGCAACCCACGCAACCAGGAGCCUUGGUUUUGCAUUAAACCACCGUCGGGAAAAUGCUCCAAAAUAACCAAUGUUUUUUAUCGUGGUGGGAAUUCGGUGUUAGAUUUUGGAAAGAAAAGCUGCGAUGAACAAUUUAUUAAUAAACUAGGUUGUAGUAACACUAUAGAAGGUUCUGGAAUACAUGUUACAGUGAAAUUGAGUAAACAGUUGCCUGCAUUACCUGCAUGCAAUACUAUGUCUAUAAAUGGUAUGGGGCUGCCGAAACCUAACGGAUAUUUCUUGAACGGUGCAUGGAAAUCAAGAUUUUGUGACAACAAUCUUAAAUCAAUUGAUCGUGCUAGACCGUGUUUUGAAAACAAGGACAUAUAUUUUCUAGGCGAUUCAACAUCACGACAAUAUUAUUACUGGCUAGCUGCGAGAUUACACCUGAAAUCGUACGGAAAAUCGAACCAGCACGUUUGGCAAGAACCUCAGACAUUUGGUACAAAAACUUUUCGGUUUUAUUACCGAGGUCAUGGCCCGCCCUUGCAGAACCCAGGUCCACAAGAUACAAGACCUUACGUGACCGAUAUGUUAGAUGAAAUAACCCCCGGUUCACAAGAAGUGGUGGUUAUAUUAAACAUUGGAAUGCACAUCACAUAUUUUGAACCCUCUUUCUUCAUUCAUCGAAUGCGGGGAAUCAAGAAAGCUAUGUUACGACUCAACCAACGACGAUCCAACGUUCGCUACAUAUAUCGCAGCCAUCGAGUAGUCGAUGUCGAUUACGGCAGAAAUUUUGGGUGGUUGACUUAUCGUUAUGGGGUUCUUACUCGAGAGAUAUUUAAGAACGUUAAAAAUUUCUUUUAUUUUGAUGUAUGGGAUCUGUCUUCUGUUUGGCCGCUUAACGGUAUACAUCCAUCGGGAGAAUACUUAAAUCAGGAGGUAACUUAUCUGAUCAAUUUUAUCUGUAACGGAAUAAAAACGUAA